UGGCCUUCAUCUUCAUCAUCGCUAGGCAAAUACUUGAUCAGUGUUUGUUAUCUGUGUCUUGCUUUCUUUUUCCCCAGUAGGAUUUAAAAGAUGGCUUCUCAAAUACGUCAGAACUUUGAUGCCGAGUGUGAGGCUUCUGUGAACCGGCUGACAAACCUUGAGCUUUAUGCUAGCUAUGUGUACUUGUCUAUGUCUUGCCACUUUGACCGCGAUGAUGUAGCUCUGUGCCACGUGGCUGAGUUUUUGAAAGAGCAGUCACAGGAAGAGAGGGAACAUGCUGAAAAAUUGCUGAGAUAUCAAAACAAGCGAGGGGGGCAUGUUGUGCUACAGGAUGUCAAGAAACCAGAGAAGGAUGAGUGGGGCAACACUCUGGAUGCCCUGCAGAGCGCCUUAGAGCUGGAGAAGAAGGUCAACCAGGCCCUGCUGGAUCUUCACAAGCUGGCCAUGGAGAAGGGAGACCCUCAUCUGUGUGACUUCCUGGAGUCGGAGUUCCUCGAGGAGCAAGUGAAGGCCAUUAAACAGCUGGGAGACCACCUCACCAACCUGAGGCGCCUGGGCCUGCCUGAGAGUGGCAUGGGAGAGUAUCUCUUUGACAGGCUCAGCCUGAAGAAGAGUAGUGGAAAGCUCUAAACUCUAAAAUGUAUGCCCUAUGUGAGAAAAAAAUAAAAUGUUAUUGGCAAUCAA